UAUCAAUUUAAAUUACUUAUCAGAGGAAGUAAUGAUGGAUUCAAAGCAUCAGAAUUUCAUGAAAAAUGUGACGACAAAGGGCCGACUUUAAUAGUUUUGAGAGUCAAAGACACAAAUGAAAUUUUGGGUGGUUACAAUCAUUUAAACUUAUGUUUGAAUAAAGAUUUUAAAAAUGAUUGUAAAAAUUUUUGCAAAAAGCUCGUUUACAGUGAAUCAAUUAGAAAUACCAAAGAUUGUUUUUCUGUAGACGAAUAUGAAGCUUAUGAAGUAAUUACAAAUAAUCCAAAUAAUUUGAAUG